AUGCAAGCACCGACUGGUAUCCACGAAGAAAUCACCAUGACGGAUAUCGACAAGAAGGAGGAGAUCGAAACCCUCGAACAUUAUCAUAAUCAGGAGGAUUCAGGAAUCGACUACAGACCAGAAUACACCACAUGGUCACUCUUCACCACCAUCAGGAAAUUCUGGCGAUCGAUCUUCUUCUGUGGUUUGGUAGCCCUUGGUGCUACUUUUGAUGGAUAUGCUAUUACAAUUCCAGGCAGUAUAAUCGCUCAGGCUGCUUUCAUCAAGCAGUUCGGUACGAUAGUGAAUGCUACUACCGGUGCACUAGAACUCGACGCUUUACAUGUUUCAGCGUGGAGCGCUUGUCAAAAUGGCGCGCAAAUCUUCGGUAUGCUCACUGGACCUGCUAUCAGUGAUAGGUUCGGUCGCAAGGCUGUUAUGUGGAUAUUGAGUUUGGGUUUAAUCCUCGCUACAGUUCUGGCACUGGUCGCAAAGGAAUGGCAAGUCUACGCCGUCGCCAAAUUCUUCGCUGGUAUGUCCACCGGUUGGAUUCAAAGUGGUUUAACAGUCUACAUCGCCGAAGUCGCACCUGUCCGAGCUCGAAGUGCCAUAUUGGCCGCGUACAGUUUCGCAUUCGCUUUAGGCCAACUAGCUGGUGCGAUCGGACUCCAAAUUGUUUCCACCCACGAUUCUUACAAAAUGAUUUUCUACUCUGAAUUCAUCUUGCUGGGGUCGUUUGUUCCCGCUUUGAUCUUCGCUCCUGAAACACCAACCUGGGCAGCACGAAAAGGUGACGAAGCGAAGACCAGAAGUUGCAUGAGACGUCUUUACGGCAAUGUAGAUAGCUAUGAUAUCGACAGAGAAUAUCUUGUCUUGAGACAUAUUAUUGAGGAAGAAAGUAAAGAGAGAUCAGACGUCUGGUGGAGACAGUAUGUUGAAUGUUUCCAAGGUGUCAACCGCAGAAGAACGAUCGUUUCCUUCCUUCCGCUGGCUUAUCAACAAUUUGUCGGCUUGUCUUUAUUCUUCGCUUAUACGACUUACUUCUUCCAAUUGGCCGGAUAUCCUCACCCUUUCGAAGCGAGCUUGAUCCAAACCUGUAUCCUACUCUUAUUCUUGGUCAUCUCAUUCUUCGUACUCGAUAAAGUCGGUCGUCGUCCAUUCUUACUUGGCGGUGGUCUGAUCAUGUCGGCAUGUUGUUUCUGUACAGGUGGAAUCGCUUAUAUGGAGAAACUACCCGGUGGCGCUUUGGUCUUCUUGACUUGUCUAUGGACGGCUAGUUACGCGAUGUCAGUUGGAAGUAUUGGUUGGGCGUAUGUGGCCGAUACGGCCAGCCCUAGAUUAAGAGCUAAAACGGCGGGUAUGGCUGCUGCCGGAACAGCAAUGUUCGGUUUAAUCUUCCAAUACACCGUGCCUAUAAUGUUGAGCGCUCAGCAAGCCAAUUGGGGUCUUAAGAUUGGUUUCUUCUUUGGCCCCUUGGCUGCUCUAGGUCUCGUCGUCAUUUACUUCUUCGUUCCGGAGACCAAAGGAAGAACAUAUCCUGAAUUGGACGAGCUAUUCGAAAAGAGGAUUCCUACUAGACAAUUCAAAUCAUACGUCACUGAGGUCCAGAAAGCCAUCAAUGAUUCGAACCACGAAGCGUGA